AUGUCGCCCGCGAUCCCUGAGCUGCCCAACCUCUCCGGCGUCGACUACGCCAAGUUCUUCGCCUCUGGAGCAGCAUGCUGCAUCCUGUCGCACGGUGGCAUGGUCCCGAUCGACGUCGUCAAGACCCGCAUGCAGCUCGAACCGCGGCUCAAGAAGCUCGGUAUGGUCGGUACCGGCCGCAGCAUCGUUGCCGAGGAGGGCCUGCGCGGCCUCGCGACUGGCUUCGGCUCGACGGCCGUUGGCUAUUUCCUUCAGGGGGGCUCCAAGUUCAUGCUGUACGAGUACUUCAAGGGCCAGCUCGCCGAGAUGUCGGGGAGCUACGAGGCCGCCGUCGGGCACCGCACUGCCAUCUACCUCGGCGGCGCUGCCAUCGCCGAGUUCUUCGCCGACAUCCUCCUCACGCCCGCCGAGGCCGUCCGCAUCCGCAUGGUCUCGGACCGUCACUACGCCACCAACCUCGCGACGGGCUUCAAGCGCAUGGCGAGCGAGGGCGGCUUCCGCGAGCUCUACGCCGGGUUCGUCCCGAUCCUCGCCAAGCAGAUCCCUUACGCCGUCGGCCAGUUCCUCGUCAACGAGCUCGCGCACGAGGCGGUCUACAAGCAGAUGAGCGAGACCAAGCGCGCCAACCUGACGGCGACCGAGCAGACGGGCAUCACGCUCGGCUGCGGUAUCACUGCUGGUGUCGCCGCAGCCGUCCUCUCGCAGCCCGCCGACACGCUCCUCAGCCGCAUCAACAAGGGCGAGGGAGGUCCCGGAUCGGCGACCGUCAAGCUCGUGCGCCUCGCAAAGGAGGCGGGCCCGCUCGGACUCUUUGCCGGCCUCGGGCCUCGUAUCCUCAUGACGGCCGGCCUCGUCAGCAGCCAGUUCCUCCUCUACGGCGCCAUCAAGGAUGCUCUCGGCGCCGGCAAGGGCGUCGAGAUCCACAAGGACUAG